AUGACGCCAAAAUCUGGAAGUAGAGACGCGAAAGCGACCCGUCAAUGUUGGGAGUGCCACAGACGACGACUUGUCUGUGAUCAUACAUUACCCCACUGCAAAAAGUGCCAGAAGGCCGGCAAGGAGUGCCCUGGAUACGACGAACAGAAGCCGUUGCAGUGGGUGGAACCAGGGAAAGUCAUAUAUAGAAGAGGGAGGAAAAACAUCCCACCUAAGACUUACGUCGCUUCGCGUACGAUUCAGACGGUUACGAGUCGAGAAGAUCCUCGUGGUUGUCCCUCGUCAACUAAAACACCGCCUACAGACGAUGUACUCCGUGAUGGUUCCGAUCUGCGAUUGGCUUUGGCAACAUGGGAACCUGUUAACAAAACAUGGUGGGGGCGUUUAGCUGUGGACUGCGAAGAAAAGGUACAUUGGGAGCAAGCGUUCCAAACCGCAAAGAUAGUAGAAGCCCUUGGUAAAAUGUCCCAACGCAGCGACAGGAGACAGUUGGAGAGAGUAGUUCGGGGCGGGCUUCGCAGGGAAGCCUCAGAGAUAUUGCGAGACGCAAAAGACCCACUCGAGAAACUGAAGGGCCUGUUGAUGCACAUGCAAGCCCACGAUUUGCCAACCUAUGACUAUUUGUCAAACGAAACUUCCGAAGUAGUACAGGCUGUCAACUACUUCAAUGUCCGCCUGAUUCCUCAAGUCAUAGCUGCGGGCGAAAUGGCACCGAAUCCAGCCAUGAUACUGGUUCCUCUGCAGAUCCUGCAUCUCCUCCCACCUGCUGUUCACCAUACUUUUGUAUGCUUAGCUCUAAAUCACUUCACCCUGAGUGUUCCUUCUGGAACUGACAGCGUAGUGGCGACCAACAAUAAAUUGAAGGUCUAUCGACAUCGUGGUCAUGCCAUUCGAGCCCUGAAUGAGUUAAUUUCCAGUGAUAAAACGCGAUGUAGUGACAUGGCGAUUGUCAGUAUACUCACAUUCUUGAGUAUGGAGCUGUCAAACCCCAUGGCUACUGACUGUCGUGCCCACGCAGAUGGCCUUCAGCGUCUCAUUGAUAUGCGUGGCGGCCUCAAGAGCCUGAUAAGUGAACCACAGCUAACGUCGUCGCUAGUCAUUUACAUUCUCAUUACAAACCUCGCGAACACAUGCAGCCCGCCAUGGAACCAACUCGCCUUGAACGCGGAGGACUCCUUGGAAACGUACAUCUCAGACAUCACCCCAGUCUACAGCCUGAUCUUCCCGUACACUCUCAGUCCGCCAGCACUCUUCUUCGAUCUGAUCCGCAUCAACCAACUUCGCAAAUCGGCCUCAGCAUCCCUUCUUCUAUACAUCGACAAUCCAGCCCACGCCCUCGAAGCCCAAGAAAUACUUGCCCGUAUCGAAGCCUUCAUUCCAGAAGACUGGGCACAACCCGGCGCCCAUUACGACGAAUGGUUACUCAUCGGAACGAUCCACCAGUCUGCACUGGCGAUCUACUGCACAAUGUCGCUUCAGUCACUCGGUGUCCUGCCCAAUAAUCUCGAAAUGGAUGCCAUGCGAUCCGCUCACGGUGAUCGUCUGCGUACGAGCUUGACAACAGCAUUCAACUCCACGCGCCUGUCGAGAUUCGUCAUGUGGCCCCUUGUCGUCGCCGGAGUCGAAGCAGGAUAUCGGAGUGAGAACGUGAGGCGUUGGGUUGCACAACGAUUGUCAGAAAUGAGUCGUGAUUUGGGGACUAGCAGUCCGUUGCGGGCACGGAAGGUGCUUAUGAGGUACUGGGAGAGGGGACUACCUGACUGGGAUGAGUGUUUUGAUCGAGCGUAUGUUUUCAUUAUUUGA